AUGUCUAUGCUUACUUCACUUCAACAAGCAGUACAUAAAGCAUACGUAAAGACUGUAGAAAAGGUUUCUCCUACUCUUCAAACAUCAAAGUUUUUGGAUGAAGGUGUGCUUACUCCUGAAGAGUUUGUACAAGCAGGUGAUUUAUUAACACACAAGUGUCCAACUUGGACUUGGGAGUCUGGAGAUCCAUCAAGAAAUGUAACAUAUCUUCCAAAGGAGAAGCAAUUCUUAUUAACUAGAAAUGUACCAUGUUACUCUAGAGUAAAAUCAUUAGAAAAUGAAACAAAACAUGCUAAAUAUGAUAUAUUAAACAUUGAGGGAGAAGACAAUGAAGAAUGGGUUGCACCAUCAGCUUCUGCUUCAGAUGUAGUCGAUAUUCAAAAGGAUCUUGCAUCACUCUCUGUUCAAACUACAACUACCACUACAACUGCUAAACCAUCUGCACCACAACAACAACAACAAGAUGAAGAUUCUGACGAUGAUGGAGAAAUCCCAGAUUUGGAAGAUUUCCAAGAUGAUAACUUGGUUGAAGAUGAUCCUUCAACACUUUCUAAACCAACUGUAAACAAAUCAAAUAAUACGACGACUACUACUACUUCUACUACCUCGAAUAAUACUUCAACUGCAGCAGCCGAUGAUGAUAAUAUUUUGCGAACUCGUACCUAUGACAUUAGUAUAACAUACGAUAAAUACUACCAAACUCCAAGAGUAUGGUUGUUUGGAUACGAUGAAAAUAGAAGACCAUUGAAACCAGAGGAAAUCUUUGAAGACAUUUCAGAGGAUCACGCUCACAAGACUGUAACAAUUGACUCUCAUCCACAUCUCGGUAUUAGUUUUGCAUACAUUCAUCCAUGUCGUCAUGCAUCGGUCAUGAAGAAACUCAUCACAAAGCAAUGUGAAAAUGGCAAGGAACCAAGAGUCGAUCAAUAUUUAUUCCUCUUCCUCAAGUUCAUUUCUGUUGUUAUUCCAACCAUUGAAUAUGAUUUUACUUUGGAAUUUGAUACAUAG